CCUCCCCCCCCCCCCACCCCGCUCCCUUCCUUUCUAGGGAGUGUAGGGUGGGGGGACUAGGGAGAGAGCAGAGAAACAGAAGAACCCCAAGACAGAGAGCAGUAAGAGACCUAGGAGGCAAAGGGAGGGGGAGAAGGAGAGGCUUUCUUCUCCAGUGGCGCACAGGCCCAGCCACGCCUCCAGUGCUGGUGCCCCGCCCCGACUUUGAAGUGCUAGAGGCUCUAUCUUGGCCCCCCCCUCCGCCCCCAGUCGGAGGCUCAACGGCGCCCAGCUCUCCCCUUCCGGCGGGCAGGCCAGGCUGCCUUCUAGGGGCUCCCUACGUGGGAAGGUGAGUAGGAAGGCGAUGCUGAGCGCCAGCACAGGAGAAGAUCGGGGCUUUCCUGUCGAGGUGACCCCCUGGGAAUCCCCACAAGUCCUGCCCCAGGGACGCUUUUUGCCGCCUCCAGGGUUGCGUUUCUUUUGGUCGCGGGCCCUUUAAUGCGAGUGAGGGGGCGGGGCCAGACCUUGGGCUCUAGCGGUUGGGGGCGGAGCCCGACAGUGGAGUGAGGCCAGGACUGCUCACUGGGCGGCACCCAGAGAGGAGCAAGCCCGGGAUUGGGUGGUGCGGGGGCCCGGCAGAGGUGGGUAAUAAGGAUUGGCUUUCGGGGCGGGGCCUGGCGGCUGGAACUGGACCCGCUCUAGGACAGCGGGGACCGCGGAGAAUUGAUGGAGUCACUCAGGGGAACAGGGAACAUCGGGGCCACCGGGGCCCAGGCCUUGAAGAGGGCCAAGGAGGGGACCGGGAUCCGCAGCCGGCGGCGGUGGCGCAAAGGCAAGGCCAAAGCCUCUCGGCUCACACACGGCAUGGACCUGCGCACCAUGACACAGUCGCUGGUGACUCUGGCAGAGGACAACAUUGCUUUCUUCUCCAGCCAGGGCCCUGGUGAGACAGCACGGCGGCUAUUGGGCGUCUUUGCAGGUGUGCGGGAGCAGGCACUAGGGCUGGAGCCAACCCUGGGCCGCCUGCUGGGCAUGGCACACCUCUUCGACCUGGACUCAGAGACACCUGCCAACGGGUAUCGUAGCCUUGUGCACACAGCCCGCUGCUGCCUGGCGCACCUUCUCCACAAAUCACGUUAUGUGGCCUCCAACCGCCGCAGCAUCUUCUUCCGCUCCGGCCACAACCUGGCUGAACUGGAGGCCUACCUGGCUGCCCUUACUCAGCUCCGUGCUCUGGCCUACUACGCCCAGCGCCUGCUAAUCACCAGCCAGCCCGGGAGACUCUUCUUAGAGGGUGACGAGGGUCUCACGGCUGAUUUCCUGCGCGAGUAUGUUACGCUGCACAAGGGCUGCUUCUAUGGCCGAUGCCUGGGCUUCCAGUUCACGCCCACCAUCCGGCCAUUCCUGCAGACCAUCUCUAUCGGGCUGGUGUCCUUCGGGGAGCACUACAAGCGCAACGAGACAGGCCUCAGUGUAACUGCCAGCUCCCUCUUCACUGGUGGCCGUUUCGCCAUCGACCCAGAGUUGCGCGGGGCUGAGUUUGAGCGGAUCACACAGAACCUAGACGUGCACUUCUGGAAAGCCUUCUGGAACAUCACUGAGAUCGAGGUGCUGUCGUCUCUGGCCAACAUGGCAUCGGCCACCGUGAGGGUAAGCCGCCUCCUCAGCCUGCCUCCCAAGACCUUUGAGAUGCCACUGGCUACUGACCCCAAGCUCACUGUCACCAUCUCGCCCCCACUGGCUCACACGGGUCCCGGGCCCGUCCUCGUCCGGCUCAUCUCCUACGACCUUAGAGAAGGACAGGACAGUGAGGAGCUCAACAGCCUGGUGAAGUCGGAGGGCCCACGGAGCUUGGAGCUGCGGCCACGCCCCCAGCAGGCCCCCCGCUCACGGUCCCUGGUGGUGCACAUCCACGGUGGCGGCUUUGUGGCCCAGACCUCCAAGUCCCACGAGCCCUACCUCAAGAGCUGGGCUCAGGAGCUGGGCGCCCCCAUCCUCUCCAUCGACUACUCCCUGGCCCCCGAGGCCCCUUUCCCCCGUGCACUUGAGGAGUGCUUCUAUGCCUACUGCUGGGCCGUCAAGCACUGUGCCCUCCUCGGCUCAACAGGAGAGCGGAUAUGCCUUGCAGGAGACAGUGCAGGUGGGAAUCUCUGCUUCACUGUGUCCCUGCGGGCAGCGGCCUACGGGGUGCGAGUGCCAGAUGGCAUCAUGGCAGCCUACCCAGCCACCAUGCUGCAGUCGUCGGCCUCACCCUCCCGCCUCUUGAGCCUCAUGGACCCUCUGCUGCCCCUCAGCGUGCUCUCCAAGUGUGUCAGUGCCUACGCUGGUGCAGAGACAGAGGACCACUCUGACUCGGACCAGAAGGCGCUAGGCAUGAUGGGGCUGGUGCGGCGGGACACAGCCCUGCUUCUCCGAGACCUCCGCAUGGGUGCCUCCUCAUGGCUCAACUCCUUCCUGGAGCUGAGUGGGCGCAAGUCCCACAAGACCUCGGUGCCCAUAGCAGAGCCAGUGCCAGUGCCAAUGCGACGCAGCGUGUCGGAGGCAGCACUGGCCCAGCCUGAGGGCCCCCUGGGCGGGGACCCAGUCAAGAGCCUGACGAUGCAGGACCUAAGCCUGAGGAGCAGCUCCGAGGCAUCGGACACCCCCAAGCUGUCACUGUCGGGGGAGACACUUGGCCCCUCCAAGCCCUCAGAUGUCAAUUUCUUACUGGGCCCGGAGGAUGUGCCUGAAGCAGCUGUGGCCAUGGACGAAGUGCGGACCCAGGAUCACUGCCGCGGCACUAGCACCGCUUUCCCUGAGGGCUUCCACCCGCGGCGCUCCAGCCAGGGCGCCACGAGGAUGCCCCUCGACUCCUCACCUAUCGUCAAAAACCCCUUCAUGUCUCCACUGCUGGCACCCGACUACAUGCUACAAAGCCUGCCGCCAGUGCACAUCGUGGCGUGCGCGCUGGACCCCAUGCUGGACGACUCGGUCAUGUUCGCGCGGCGGCUGCGCAGCCUGGGCCAGCCCGUGACGCUGCGCGUGGUGGAGGACCUGCCGCACGGCUUCCUGAGCCUGGCCGCGCUGUGCCGCGAGACGCGGGAAGCUGCGGCGCUGUGCGUGGAGCGCAUCCGCCUCGUCCUCACCCCGCCUGGCACCUCCGCGCCCGCACCUCACGGCGGCCUGGAACGCCAGACCGCGCCCGCCACGCCGCCGCGCACGCCACCGGCCUGAGCCGAGCCGCGCGGAGAGAUGGGGCCGGGAGGGGCGACACUAAAGGCCUCUAGUUCCAAUCUGCGCCGGUCUCUGUGGUAAAUGCACCCAGGGACGGGCCACGGGGACCCUUCCUCGAGGGGCUCCCGGGCCCUAAAGCACAGCAGGAAGGGGUGGGCUGUGCCUUAAGUUGGGAAAUGGAAUUGGGCUCAGGGCGGGGGCUGCAGGCUGGGACUCCGGCCUGGGGGAGGGGGGCGUACACACACCAGUCACCAAGAGCUGGACCUGCACUCCACCAUUGCCUUCUGCUGCUGCGACCGCCACGGGGGCGGGCCGUGGUCCUCCCUUGCUGGUCGGUUAGUUUGUUUUUUCGUGCGUUUGUUUUUUGUAAAUAAAAGGUAUUUAACUAGUUUGUCCUCUCUCAAGCCUGGUAGGGUGUCCACCCACCCCGGGGUCAGCAUCGGACUCAAGCUGCGGAGAACGAGAAAGGAGAAACCUGGAAUCUAGAGUUCAGAAGGCCGGUGCCUGGAACUUCUGGGUCCCGGGGUGGGGGAGAAGGGAGUCUGCCACCCUGGGUUUCUGAGCAAACACAGACACACCUUAUAUUCUCAGACUUAAGCCAGGUAGAGUGCCAGAAGACUCUGGGUUCUCACCUCCCCCUUGAGGUCUCUCAGUAAGAGCAUAUUCCCCUAGUCCGAGUUGAAGGCUAAACCAAAAAAACCAAACCCACUGCCAUCGAGCCAAUUCCAACUCAUAGCGACCCUAUGGGACAGGGUAGAACUGCACCAUAGAAUUUCCAAGGAGCACCUGGUGGAUUCAAACUGCCAGCCUCUUGGUUAGCAGCCAUAGCACUCAACCACUACACCACCAGCGUUUCCAGUUGAAGGCUACUCCCCUUUAAAAACCCAGCCUAGCACCGACCAGGAAAGGAAAACCUAUGUCUUAGGUCCCAAAGGUUCCAGUGACCCCAAACUCCCUACAGAACCAGACCAAAGCUAGCAGGAAACCAGAAACAAACUGAUUCCCCAAAAGACAGGAAGCACAAAACCAAACCCAUUGCCCUGGAGUCCAUUCCGAUUCAUGGUGACCCCACGUGUUACAGAUCUGAACUCCAUACAGUUUCCUAGGUUGUAAUCUUUAAAGACGCAGAUCUCCAGGACUUUCACUGCACCACUACGUGGGUUCAAACCACCAACCUUAGAAGUCCAGCGCAAACCACUUGUGCCACCCAGGGGCCUCUGGAAGCACAAGCCCUGCCUGACUGUGACAGUCACUCAGUCCUUCACCCAACACUCUGAGGCCUCACCCCUUGCAGGCCCUGGGUCUGAAGCGGAGAUGAUUCAUACCCAGAGCCUCCUCUGCAAGGGGCUUCCCAUCCUGGGCUAUCCUGGGGGUAGAG